AUGGCUCUGGCCAUCAUGCUAGCUCGGGAUCUUAUAAAUUCAGAGACCAUCACUGCAACUAUAUACCAACUCUCUAUAUCUCCCAAAAUGAAGAAUCAUUGCAAAAUUGUGCUUUGCUUUCUAUUCUUGUGUUUCUCAUCUCCAACAAAUUCCACAUCGUUGUCAUCACAAUCUUCUUCUACUCAUUCUAUUUCAGUCCAACAUUGUGUUGACAGUGAAAGAACAGCCUUGCUCCAACUCAAAAGGGAUUUGUUAACAGCUCAACCAGAUUCUUCUUUUCCUCAACAUCCUUCCUCAGGUUCUUUGCUUCCUUCAUGGAAACCCAACAUUAACUGUUGCUCCUGGGAAGGUGUCGCUUGUCAUCAUGUCUCAGGACAUGUGAUCAGCCUCGACCUUAGCAGCCACAAACUAUCCGGCACUUUUAAUUCAACCAACCUUCUUCAUCUCCCUUUCCUUGAAAAACUCAAUCUUUCCAACAAUAACUUUCAGUCGUCUCCAUUUCCCUCCAGGCUUGAUCUGAUUUCCAACUUGACACAUCUUAACUUUUCAAAUUCAGGUUUUUCAGGACAAGUACCUUUGGAGAUAUCGCGGCUGACCAAAUUGGUUUCUCUUGAUCUCUCCACUUCUCUUUUGGAUUCUUCAAAACUUGAGAAACCGAAUUUUGUAAGGCUUGUGAAAGAUUUGAGAAGCUUAAGGGAACUUCAUCUUGAUGGUGUCAAUAUAUCAGCAGGUGGUGGCGACUGGUGCAUUGCCUUACCUCUGGCAACCCCUAAUCUCCAAGUUCUGAGCUUGUCAGAUUGUCAUCUCUCAGGUCCCGUUUGUGAAUCACUCAAUCAACUUUCAUUGCUUUCAAAGCUUGACCUUUCUCGAAACAAUCUCUCUUCAAUGUUUCCGAAAAGUAUCAUGCAGCUGCCAAACCUGAAGACUCUUGAUUUAUCGAGCAAUACGCCUCUUUCAGGGACUUUGCCAGAAUUUCCAAUAGGCAGCAAGUUAGAAGUUUUAUCUUUAUUAUUCACAAGUUUUUCUGGAGAAAUCCCAUAUUCAAUUGGCAAUCUUCAAUUUUUGAUUAAACUGAACUUCAGGAAUUGCAGUUUCUCUGGAUUGAUACCUUCUUCUCUUGCAAGCCUAAACCAACUUGUUGAUUUGGAUCUCUCAUCCAACAAGUUUCUGGGAUGGAUUCCAUUCCUUCCACCAUUAAAGAAAGGCCCGAGACUACUCGAUUCAGUAAACCAUAUUGGGUUAGAGAAUCUAGGCUCUCUUUUUAUUGAGAGCAAUUCCAUGGAGGCGACUUUGAACUCCUCACUUUUUGAGCUACCUUCCCUGGAGAAAUUGCUACUAAGUCAAAACAGGCUUAGUGGCGUCCUACAAGAUUUUGAACGAGCUUUUUUAUCGCCCCUAAGUGUUGUUGAUCUAAGCAUCAACAAUUUGGAAGGGCAUAUCCCUAAUUCGUUUCUUGAACUUCAGAAUCUUACUGAAUUGAAGCUUUUUUCCAACAACUUUAGCGGUGCCAUCAAUUUAAGCAUGAUCAAGAGCAUUGAGAGCCUUGCAUUCCUUCAGUUGUCUGACAAUAGCCAAUUGACUAUUGCCUAUUCAAGCAACUUAAAACUACCCCAGCUUCAACGAUUGUGGUUUGACUCCUGCAAUGUUAGCCGAAUCCCAAGUUUCCUACGAAACCAAGAUGGAUUAGUUGAGCUGGGCCUUUCGAACAACAAAAUCCAAGGCAUACUUCCCAAAUGGAUAUGGCAAUUAGAAAGCUUGUCUUACUUGAAUUUGUCCAACAACUUUUUGACUGGGAUUGAAACACCAGUUCUUGCUCCACUAUUCAGUUCUUUGACCUUGCUUGACCUUAGUUAUAAUUUCCUAGAAGGAUCAUUCCCUAUAUUUCCACCCUCUGUAAACCUCCUUUCGCUUUCUAAGAACAAGUUCACUGGAAAGCUUCCUGUAUCAUUUUGCAACAUGAACAGUUUAGCAAUCCUGGACAUUUCCUAUAACCAUCUGACUGGUCAAAUCCCACAAUGUCUUGGGAACCUUAGUUCCGCUCUCACAGUAGUAAAUCUAAGAGAGAACCAGUUUUCUGGGUCCAUGCUUUGGAAUUUCACUGAAGAAUGCAGUCUGACGACGCUCAAUCUCUAUAGGAAUCAGUUAAAAGGGGAAAUACCAGCGUCUUUGGGAAAUUGCAGAGGACUCAAAGUCUUAGACCUCGGUGACAACCAGAUUAAUGACACAUUCCCUUUUUGGUUAGGGAAGCUUCCUAACUUGCAAGUCCUUAUCCUCCAAUCCAAUAGAUUACAUGGUUCCAUUGGUCAGCCACUGACACCAAAUGACUUCCCAAAGCUUCAUAUACUCGAUCUCUCCUCGAAUUACUUCACUGGAAAUUUGCCAUCUGACUACAUUGGAAUAUGGCAGUCAAUGAAGAUGAAGUUGAACGAAAAAUUUUUGUACAUGGGAGGCUUCUACUACAGGGAUUGGAUGACAAUAACAAACAAAGGACAGAGAAUGGAAAAUAUUCACAUCUUAACCAUUUUCACUGUCCUAGACCUCUCAAACAAUCGUUUCGAGGGAGAGAUUCCUGAAAUGAUUUGUGAUCUCAAGUUGCUACAAGUACUCAACUUGUCUAGAAACAAUCUCGUUGGCGAGAUUCCACCAUCUCUCUCAAAAUUGGCAAAGCUUGAGUCUUUAGACCUCUCACAGAACAAGCUCACAGGGGAGAUACCAAUGCAACUAACAGACUUGACAUUCCUCUCUGUGCUCAACCUUUCUUACAAUAGAUUGGUUGGGAGAAUACCGGUAGCCAAUCAAUUUUUAACGUUCGCUAAUGAUUCCUAUGGUGGCAACUUGGGACUAUGUGGAUUUCCAUUGUCAAGGAAAUGUAGACAUCUUGAGAACGAUCCAUCAGGAAAGCAACAAGAGGACUCAGGAAAAAAAGGUACUCCAUUUAGUUGGAGAUUUGCACUGGUUGGAUAUGGUGUUGGAAUGCUUCUGGGAGUUGUCAUUGGUUACAUGUUGUUUUGCAGGACUACUCGAUGCAGCAGGUGGAUUGAACUGUUUUUUAAGGCAAAGAAAUGGUAG